AAUUAAAAGAGUGUGAGAGUGGAAAAACAAAACGAACCACACACACAAAAUCCUCACCACAAACAACAACAAAGGGAGACCACUACCAGACCUAGCUGUGGACAGUUGUAAACGAAGCCUCAGAAAGCGACUUCUUGUGAUUCUGUAGGAGACAACGGAUGAUUUCCUUAGGAGCACAUACAAUUUAUUACAGUGCCUACUUACAUAUAAGUGAACCUUGUAGGCUGUGGUCAACACCUUGGAGAAGUUGCUAGUUGGAGAAUCACACGUAAACAAAACUGCCCCCGACCGUUCGGAUAUUCAAGGGAGACCACCUAUACCAGAAUCAAUUCGCGCAAUUUUUAAGUUUGUGUUGUUAGCGUCGUAGUAUAUGCGCUUCUGAAAAUGAACACAAGAAGCAAAAAAACAAAAAAUAUACCUUCGUUUCUUCAAACAUGUCACGAACUUUUUGGAUCUUACAACUUGUACGAUGUCCUUGGUGUUACUAAGGAGGCUACGCCACAGGAAGUGAAAAAAGGAUAUCAUAAAACAUCUUUGAACGUGCACCCUGACAGAGUCAAAGAUGAAGAAAAAGAAAUUGCAACACAGAAAUUUCAGACACUUGGAAAAGUGUACAGCAUUCUGUCAGACAAGGAGAGAAGAGCAUUAUACGAUGAGACAGGUGAUGUUGGUGAUGAAAGUGUCAUUGAUGAAGAGAGAGACUGGUGUCAAUACUGGCGUCUGCUGUUCCCUAAAAUAACAGUGCAGGAUAUUCAAGAGUUUGAAUCUGAAUACAGAGGAUCUCCUGAGGAAAUUGAAGAUUUGAAGACAGCCUACUUAAAUGCAGAGGGAGAUAUGGAUAAAAUUAUGGCAAGUAUGUUGUGCUCCACGUUUGAAGAUGAACCACGUUUUACACAGAUACUGAAGGAACUUAUACAAAAGGACAGCCUGCCUGAUUUUACAGCCUUUUCUAAAGAAUCCCAGAAAAAGAAGAAAGCAAGACAGAAAAAGGCAUCAAAAGAAGCAUUGGAAGCUGAACAAGAGGCGAAAAGGCUAAAGCUGGACUCCAGUGACUCCCUCACUGCACUGAUCAAAAAAAGAAAUGAAUCCAGAAUUGAACAGGCAGAAAGCUUCUUGGACAGUCUUGAGGCAAAGUAUGUGAAGCAAAAAGCCAGCAGGAGCAAGACAUCCAAGAAGAAAUAACUUUACAGCUGGGGAAGUAGGAGGAAGAUUUUUAGUUGCCAGCAAAAAGUUCAGAUUCGAAGACUGAAAAAUUGCUGCCUGAAGUUACUUUUCCCCUAACCCUUUUCAUAAAUAAAAAAGAGAUUCCUAAUGUUUAAUAAUGCUGAAGUUACUUUUCCCCUAACCCUUUUCAUAAAUAAAAAAAGAGAUUCCUAAUGUUUAAUAAUUUGCAUUACUAGGUUUCAGACAAAGUGAUGGGAAUGAAGUGUUUCUUUAGAGAGCUGUAUCCAAGUGAAUCCAAAUCAAGGGUGAAUAUUUUCUGCUGCAACUGCAAGGAGUUUGUGAACUAGAUAUGUCAAGAAUGUCAGUAAACUAUCUUAUGUGUAUUCUCUUUGCUUAACAUCAAAUUCAAAUAAACUGGUAAAUUCAG